GGCUCCCAACCCACCACCGCCAUCUCUCCCGUCGAUUUUAUACCUUUUCUCGAGAAUCAAACGCCACCAAUGGUAAUAAUUCGCAACUAUUCGUGGCUCUUCCCAAUUACUGAGUCUUAGCACAGCAAAGCUUAGCCAUUAAGCAAGGAGGUCAAAGCCCCCAAACAACAGCUACCUUCUCCCUUUGCGACGAAGCAAUUUUGACCAACACAAACUCAAAUACCGCCAUUGGGCUUCUUCUCUAUAUAUGUAUUCCCAGAAGUUCUGCCUUUGUUUAAGGUCUCUGUUUCAAUUGUAGUAUCCACAUGACGAGUCCUAGUGGGAACUUUGAGACCUUCUUCAAUACAUGGAUGAAUCACCAAGAAAGUCUGUUUCAACAGCUGCUGGUCGCAAUUGCUCCAGAGAAUGCUCAAAAUACUGAGCUGCACAAGAGCUUGAUCGCCCAAAUCCAGUCGCAUUACAAACUCUACUACAUGGAGAAAAUGAAUGCAACUAGAGAUGACGCAUUUGUCUUCUUGAAUCCUCCUUGGUUCAGCUCUUUCGAAAGGACUCUGCUCUGGCUUGGCGAAUUCAAACCAUCCAUGAUUUUCAAGCUGAUUGACAGAUACCUGGUGGACUUAACGCCUGAUCAGCGUCAAAGAAUCGAACAGGUGAAAUAUGAGGCUAGGAGACAGGAGAGAGCGUUGACAGAGACAAUGGCGAAGAUUCAAGAGAGCUUGGCGUCUCCGCCGAUUUUGAACUUGGCAAGACGACAUGGAAGAUUGAUUGAUGGAGAAGUGUCGGAGAUGGAAGCAGCGGUGGAGAUGCUGAAGAUGGAUAUGAUAGCAGUGAUGGAGAGUGCCGAUGCACUUCGAGGAUGGACGGUGGCGAAUGUGGUGGAGGUUUUGAGUCCAAUCGAGGCAGUUAGGUUUUUUGCAGCGGCUGCUGAAUUGCAGUUGAGAAUGAGGAGACUUGGGCAGCGCAUGGAGGCAGAAAGAAACUAAUGAGCCUAAGCUGAAUAGUAAUGGGUUUGUGAGGCCUCUGAAAUUUGAACUCCAGUUCGAGGUUACUUUACUAGGGGAAAAAAAAGAGCUACUUAAUAAGAAUAUGCUUUUUUAUUUUAUAAAACUGUGUCGUGUUGUUGUUUGCAAUAAAGUCUGCUUAAUACAAUAGUAUUUGUGACU